AUAGGUGCAGCUGAAUAGGCACCCAUGAGUCUCUUCUCUCGGACUUAGAUGCUGGCCCUCUCCUGUAAUGUGACUUCAGCAACAAUGUGGGGGGACACCUGAGGGUAGGAGCCCUCCCCUUUUGUCCCAGAAGAUGUUCUCCAGGAACCGCUUCAAUGGACAACACAGAACAGGUGUCGCCCCCAAAGUGGACACCAAGGAGAAGGUUCGCAAAAAGAGGGCCCCCAACCCCAGGGUAGCUCUUGUCAUCCGGGAGAAGAUCCACCGCCUGCUCCAAGGAUCAGGACAGGAAGUACCUGCCCCAGACCAUAACAAUGCUGGGAUUGAGGAGGAGGGGGGAGUUGAGGUGCAGGAGAAGAGAAAGGAAGGCACAUAUAUUUUUGCGAGGUGUGGGCCCAGAGAGGAAGCUUGCUCCUCAAGGGUCCCCAAUGGUAAGGCACAUCGAGGAGUGUCAGGGGCAUCCUGUGUUGGGGAGGUGGAGCUAAACAGAGAGGGCUGUGUCAGGAUCCCUUGCACUCUGCAGCACAACAGUAGCAGCUGCCAGUCUCCAAGGAAGCAGAAAUGGAUUAUCCCAGAUGGGAUCAGGACUGUCCCAGAACAGCGACGAACACCCAAACACCAGAAAUGGAUCAUCCCGGCAGGGAUUCGAACAAUUCCAGAAUGCAGAAGAGAAGCUCAACACCAUAACCGGAUUGGUCCAAACAUGAACAGUUCUGGGUUUGGCGCAGUGGCAGGAGCAGAAGGGGGUAAGGCUGAAUUCACUAGGACACAUGCAGAACCAAAAAGGCCUGUUUCUUUGGGUGACUAUGUGGAUUACAGAACUCGGCACGAUACUCUGCUGGAGGAGGACGAGGAAGAAGACCAGGAGGAGGAGGAAUAUGAGGAAGAAGAGUCUAGCGCCAUCAUCGAGCACAUCCUAAAGGAGCUAAGAGGGAUCAACAAGAUCCAGGAGGAGAUCUCAGACCUGCGGAACUACCUUACGUCUGUCCGUGGCUCUGUAGAGGAGGUAUCUUCCUGUGUGGAUGCUGUGCUCCUGGAGAUAGAGGGCAUUCGCUCGGGAAACAAGCCCAGUGGCAGUCCAGGGGGUGCGGCUUGGUCUGGGGCAGCACUGGGCAGUGAUGGGUCACUCUUAACCCCUCGCCAGAGGCCUGUCAGUGCUUAUGGCAGUUUGGACAGGCAGAUGGAGCAUUCAAAUUCCAAUGUCUGCCGACCGUCCGUCUUCAGCGAACGCCACAGCAUACACGGAAUGCCAGUUGAGUUCCACUUGCCAACGUUAGAAGAAACGUCUACCACAGUCUCGCCAGGCACAGAGUCAGUUGAGCUUGAGGGCCAGGAACAGGAGGAGGAGGAGGUUGAGACGGAGGAUACAUCGGAACACAGCUCAGACAUCCCAGAACCCACCAUCAUCAGGAAGCUGAGCUUUGGCUAUCUGGAGCAGCAGGACGGCCAGGACUUCCCCAGCAUCAGCUCCCUGUCCUCAGGACACAGCCCCAAUUCAGAGUCUGACCUCGAGAGGCCCUUGUCCAGACACGGUGCAGGGCAUGGUGGGGCUAGUGGUAGUAGUAGGGGUGCUGGGGUAGAGGGCUUGGGCGUUGCUGGCCCACAGCAUGGUGGGUCUGGGGAGACUAGGUGGCAUGAAGAAAGCUCUUAUUCCAGACAGGUGAGUCUGGAAGAGCAAGAGGGAGAGGGGCCUGCCUGCUUGGAGGGGACAGGGAGCCGGUACAGGGGCUCAGGGGGGUACAGUACCGGUACCCUGGGCCUGUCCUCCACAGGAAGCUCAGACCGCCUCUCCCUCCAGUCUGGACUACACUACAACCCCCCCAGCACCUCCAGCCAUGAAGAGUGGCGCGCCCAUAGACGAAGGCCAAAACCACAGCCUGGUACUCAAUUUCCGACCGAUGCCCACACAGAGAGCCACCGCCUGGGGUACGAGUGUGCUGCUGAUUACUCAUAUCACCAGAGCUCUGGUUACCACUCAGUGGAAGGACAUACUGAUGAGGUGGAAGGGUACAGCCACGCAGAUACCCCCACAGAUCUCAGCUACACAACUGACUCCAAAGUCGAUAGUUUCCAGGAGACUUAUUCUGGCUAUGAGUGUGGCAUUACUGAAGAGUCUACAGAUGGAACUUAUACCUGGACUGAGAACUCCUUACUGAGCCACAGCAUUGCGGCUGAAACAGACAUUCCAUCGGUCAGAGGGGAUAAAACAGGCAAUUCAUUGGUCAGAGGGAAAGAGGAAACAGUUAUUCCAGACCUGGAUGGCCGCCUCCCUCGCCCUAACAGCACAGAGAUCCAAAACAUGGGUUUUAAUGUGAAGCGGAUCGGCCAAGCUGUGCUGGACUUCAGUUCUGCCCUGCGGGAUGCGCUACGCAAACUGGAAGAACCCGGAACUGCCCAGAGUCUUGGAGUCGAGAGCAAGGUGGAGCUACCCACAAGCCUCUUUGAUGAGCCUCAAAUGGACUUACCCCAUGCAGAUAUGUCUCAAACGUCCCAAGAGGAUGGGGUGAACCCAGGGGCCACGGACGACACAGAGGGACAGAUCCAGACCAGUGUUCUCUCUUCUGCUCCCUCAGAGCCCUCCCCCAGUGAACCCCUGCCAGAAGAGAUCAGUGAUGUCCUCCCACAGGACCAUGAUGACCCUUGCAAAACUUCUCCCCUUCCCUACCCUGGACAAGAUGUUUACCAACCAGGCCUAGACUUUUCCUCAGCUGGUCCAGAGCCUACCUUCUCCCCACCCCAUAUAGAAUCAGAGGAAAAGGGAGCGUCUCCUUUGCCCCAGGGCCCAACAGACGCCCCCACUCUCAACACCUCGCUAUCGCAAUGCACCACUGCAGAGUCCCUUUCGCUUUCCUCCUUGGCUGAGGAGCCGGCACUGCAGGAGAAGCGGGGAGACGAACCCCCACCGCUGUCGCCUCCGCAGCCUAACACAGAAGCAGAUGUCCCAGAUGCCCCUGAGGGUGAGGCAGCGGGAGAGGCAGAACCAAAGGGGCACCCCCCGGAGAUGAGCCAGAGGGAGGUGCGGAGGCUGAAGUGCCUGAGGACCUUCCAGCAGAUCCUGCAGGAGAAGAGGGAGACGCAGCAUCAGGUCACCAGCAUGACCAUGUCCACGUUCGAGGAGGAUGACCUCAUCCCAGAUGGAAGUCAAGAUGAUCAGGUCACUUUUUUCCAUUUUCUAGUCUCGUUGUUCUCAUGUGAAUGUCUUUAUACGCAUGCCCUCAUAACUGGUGUUUGUUGUGAAAGUUGACCAAUCUUACCUUUUUAAUGCUCCUAUGUUACAUGGCAACAUCAACUAGUAUUACUUAAAUUGCUUCCUUCACUUGGUUUGUCUCUUGGUGGUGAUGAUCUUGCCGAUGCAGGCUUUUUUUCCUUCUUAACCCUAUCAGUCCCGAGACCCCUGCAAAAAUCAACUUUUCAUUUGUCUGACUUUCAUUUAUCUGCCAGUCCAACCACUUUAUUGAGCCUCACAAUUAAGUGUUUGCCUGUUUUAUUUCCAGGACAACCAGGGCUACAAGUAAAACACAAAACUAUUUGAUAUAAACAGUUGCAUUCAUGAGUUUUAUUGACCAAAAUGUGUAAAUAAAAAUGAUGUAGAAGAACCCCUUAACGUACUAAACGUACUAAAAUGUGUAAAUAAAAAAUAUGUAGAAGAACCCCUUACAGUACUAUAGACACUAUGACCUGGGAUUUACUAUGGUCUAUGUAGAAGAACCC